CGAUACGAACGCCCGAGUUUUUUUUUAAAAAAUUAUACAGCGAGUAUCAGGGAGACGUAAGGUACAUUUUGAGUCCAAAAUUUUCACUGGUCACCAGCGGCAGUAUUACCCACACAUUGUGUAUUCAAACAGCUUAUGCUCACUGUCGAGUUAUAACAUGGGUGUAUUCUUAUACACAAGACAUACAUGCUGAGGCAAACAAAGCACUCGGCCCGUUCAGGAAAUCUCCAGCAAACGAGGAAUUGGAACGAAUAUGGAACUACGUUUAUCACAUGCAGUACAAAUGCACAAAGAGUAAAUACCUGGGUGGGAAACCAGAAAUGUUUAUGGACGGAGCUUACGAUCUUUGCAUUGAACCUCAGUUCUGGGAGAAAGCCAACAAUCCCGAUUACAAAUGCCUCAUGUAUUCCUUUGGUGUGGGAUAUGAUUUCUCAUUCGAUGAUGAGAUGGCCAAACUUGGCUGUGAAGUUCAUUCAUUUGAUCCAUCAAUGACAUAUCAAGACGGCAUGGUUCGCGAGAGUGGUGUCACCUUCCACAAAAUCGGGAUUUCAGACCAAGAUCUUGAAGCUGACAGCAACGGUUGGAAAAUGAGAACUUUAAAAACGCUCCUGAAAGAGCUUGGACAUAACGGGAGGUAUCUUGAUUAUUUGAAAGUUGAUACAGACGCUCCACAAGGAGGAUUUGAAGAUACGUUAAUGCAAGAAUUGCUCAACACUGGGCUUCAUCAAUGCGUUCGUCAAUAUGCCCAAGAAAUUCAUUUGAUGGGACCUUUAAAAGAAGACCCGCAACUUGAGAGGCUGCGUCUCAUUUACGACCAACUUCAUCAACUUAAUGACCAAGGAUGGAGACUUUAUAAUACAACAGACAAUAUAAGAUAUAUGCUAAAUAAUAAUCCACAAGCAAGUCAGUUAUACAAUAAGGGACAAAUUAUGGAAAAAAAGAUUGGAAUUUUAUGGGAAACUGCUUUUGUUAACUUUGGUCUAAAAGGCCCUUGUAUUGUAGUUUAACCUGGAAUUUAAAUUAAAUUUAAAACAUUUUAAUAUUGAUAAUACAACAUAGAUCCUAUAAGUUUGUUUGCGACAUACCAAACUUUUAAAAACUAAUCUCUAUAUAUUUUAAAACUUAUAUAUAUAAAUACUUUAUUUGACACAGGGCAUGCUAAAACUGCUCAUAUUGUAAAGUUGAGUUAAAGUUGCAUAAAACUGUGUGGACCUUUUCACAACAAAUGUGUACAUACCCUUGGCCUAGCCAGAUAUAAAUAUUAAUUAUUGAAACAAAGAUAAGCCUAUCUUGGAUACUGGCUAAUGUACUUAACUUUCCCAUGUAACAGUCUAUAGCAUGCUACACUAUGCCAAGUUUUUUUGUUGUUUUUUUUCAUCCAGCUUUAAGUACUUUAAACUUCAAAUGUUUAUUUUGAUAAAACUUUGCACCCAACAUGCCUUCGUUCUUGAUAUCUUCAAUGGUUUUAAUUCCACUUGUUAUUUUACACAUUUUCAUUUCAAAAAUCAUUUCUUACAAUCAAGUUACUAUCCUCAUUAAGUUUAUAUUUUAUUGGUUGAAUAUCAUUUGGUUACAGAAUUGCGAUCCCAAAACUUUGUUUUAAAACCUUGACACAAUCUGUAGUGUUUUUUAACUUUUUUUAUGAAUGACAAUUUAUAUGAUGCAUUAUAAGCGUAAACACCUUUUCUUUAUUGUGAUAUUUAUUACCAAAAAUUCAGCAGAUGUAAAAAUUACAACAUAUAUACUUUAUA